GGAAUUCCGCCCCAUCAAAGUGAAAGUCCAAAGUGGACAGCAGAAAAACCCAAAAAACCAAUUAGAGCAAAGAGUCGUAAGCAAAACACUUACACACCAUCAAACGGAUUCGAUAAAAGCAGCAAACCGCCCAAAACCCGAACCCCUUUUCCCUUUGAUCCUCCCAAAACGACGGCCAAAACCCACGUUUUGUUCAUCUUCUCCUUCUCCAAUCCUACUUUUCUCAUCAAGGGAGCUUCCUUUCUGCCAGAUGAGGGCAAGGAUGGAGGGAAAAGAGUAAGGGGUAUUUAGACAUUGAUGUCUUAUGGCAUGCCUGAGGAAGAAGAAGCACUGCAUUGAAUUUGAAGGGUCUCUGCUUUUGGAUCUUUGCCAAAGAUUGAAUCUUUUCUUGGUGGGUUUUUGUCUGUGACCAUGAAAAGCUUCUGUAUUUUUGCUCGGCUUUUUCUCAUCUUCCUGGUGUUCUUCCCUCCAAUUGCAUCCGUGGCAGUGCAAGCAUUCACAGGAGCAUACGGAAUCAAUUAUGGUAGAAUUGCAGAUAACAUCCCUUCUCCUGAUAAAGUUGCUACUCUUCUCAGAGCAGCAAAGAUAAAGAAUGUCAGGAUAUAUGAUGCUGAUCACAGUGUUCUCAAGGCCUUUAGCGGGACUGGGCUUGAAUUAGUGGUCGGACUUCCAAAUGGAUACCUGAAAGACAUGAGUGCCAAUGAGGAUCAUGCAAUGGAUUGGGUUAAAGAGAAUGUGCAGGCAUUCCUUCCCAAGACACACAUCCGCGGGAUUGCUGUGGGCAAUGAAGUUCUAGGUGGGGGUGAUUAUGAAUUGUGGGCAGCUCUUUUGGGCACAGUUAAAAACAUCUACAAUGCAACCAAGAAGCUAGGAUUAACUGAUGUAGUUCAGAUUACGACUGCACAUUCACAGGCCGUUUUUGCUAAUUCUUAUCCUCCCUCUUCAUGUAUAUUUAAAGAUACUGUUAAGCAGCAGUACAUGAAGCCACUUUUGGAGUUCUUCUCAGAAAUUGGAUCUCCCUUCUGUUUAAAUGCUUACCCGUUCCUUGCUUACAUGAGUGAUCCGGAGAAUAUUGAUAUUAAUUAUGCUCUUUUCCAGAAAACUCAGGGAAUUUCUGAUCCAAAAACUGACCUUCAUUAUGAUAAUAUGCUCGAUGCUCAGAUUGAUGCAGCCUAUGCAGCAUUGGAAGAUGCUGGGUUCAAAAAGAUGGAAGUUAUUGUUACAGAGACAGGGUGGGCUUCACAUGGAGGUGACAAUGAAGCUGCAGCUACUGUAAAUAAUGCAAGGACAUACAAUUAUAAUCUACGUAAAAGGCUAGCAAAGAAAAAAGGGACCCCUAUGCGGCCAAAGUUUGUAGUGAAGGCAUACAUUUUUGCAUUAUUUAACGAGAACUUGAAAACUGGUGCAACCUCUGAACGAAAUUUUGGACUGUUCAAGCCUGAUGGGACCAUUGCAUAUGAUAUUGGGUAUCAUGGACUUGUAUCAUCGUCUGCAGAUUCAUUGCUUUUAUCUUCAAAGCACAUCGGAGCGCAAGGUUGCUCUCGUUUGCAAUUCUUGAUACUAUCAAUUUCUUCUGCAUCAUUGCUUCUGUUUUUAAAAUAAUGAUUGAGCAGACCGGGGCAGCGGCGGCAGUCGGAGUUCAGAGCUUGGUUAUUGAAUCUCCGUCAAAGUACAAACACUGUAACUGAACUGAUUCUUGAGUUUCGUAAAUUAUAUGCUAGCAGCUAGCCGUUGCUUAUCAAGUGUAUCCAUAUGAUGAAAUGUAUAUCAGUUUUGCUUCUUAGAAAUCACUUUUCUAAGAAGUACCAUUGGAUAAACGGCGGGAAAAAAAAGUCUCUUCCGGAUUCGUAUUCA